AUGAUGAAGACUAGAUCUAUUCUUGCUAUUGUUGUUGCAAUGAUGUUUCUUUUGGGUGAUGUUCACGCUCAAGACUGUAAUCCCAAUGAAGAUAUAAAGGAUUGUUAUCCAGCUCUAAUUGCAAAAGGUUCACCAUCUCCAAUUUGUUGUGAAGAAUUAGAUCACCACAUAAACUGCCUAUGCAAAUACAUAGACAUUAAUCAGAUUAUAUUGCCACCACACUAUCAAUAUCUUCCCAAUCUUGCCAAUACUUGUGGCGUCUUCUUUCCUGUUUGUGAAUUAGGGUUGUAG